GUUUUCCUGAAAACCGAGUUCCCAUUUCGUGAUCUAUUCCUCAGUGUACUUUUCUUUAAGUUUCAGAGAAUGGCUAGACAAAUACCUCUAACAUGUAGCGGGCAUACAAGACCGGUGGUUCAUCUAUCUUUCUCUGAUAUAACUCCUUAUGGGUACUUUCUUAUAAGCGCGUGUAAAGAUGGAAAGCCCAUGUUACGACAAGGUGACACAGGAGACUGGAUUGGUACUUUUGAGGGUCACAAAGGAGCAGUAUGGAGUGCUACCUUAAAUAAAGAUGUUACCAAGGCAGCAACUGGGGCUGCAGACUUCACAGCUAAAGUAUGGGAUGCUAUCAGUGGGGAUGAAGUUAGAAGUUUACCACAUAAACAUAUUGUAAAGGUUGUGGAUUUUUCUCCAGAUGGGAAGAGACUCCUUACAGCCAGUAAUGAAAAGCUCUUGAGAGUAUUUGAUCUUCAAGAUGAAAGUGCUGAACCAGACUUAUUAAAAGGUUAUACUGAAGACAUAAGAGCUGCACUGUGGAGCAAAGAUGGCAAGUAUAUCAUGAGUGGAGGAGAAGAUAAAGCAGUAAGGCUUUGGGAUACAAGAAAUAUGACCGAGGUAAAGAAAGUAGAAAUACCACAGAGUGUAACAAGCAUGGUUCUAUCAAAGGAUGGCAGUAUACUUGUUGUCACAUAUGACAGGACUAUCUCUUUUUGGGAUCCAGACAGAAUGGAACUGAUCAAGUCCUUUGAUGCUCCGACACCAAUAUUUUCAGCUUCGCUCCACCCUAGCAAGUCUUGUUUUGUAGCUGGAGGAGAUGACUUCAAGCUCUAUAAGUUUGAUUAUGAGGAUGGAAAGGAAAUAGAAUCCUUCAAAGGUCACUUUGGUCCUGUGCAUUGUGUGAGGUAUUCCCCAGAUGGUGAGCUGUAUGCAUCUGGGUCUGAAGACGGAACACUGCGACUUUGGCAGCACACUGUGGGCAAGACCUAUGGGCUGUGGCGAGCUGUUAACAAUGGUGUCUCAAAUGAAGCCACAAAUUCCUGAGAGAUAAGCCAGUCAUCUUAAUAAGUUAAAGAUAACAAGAUCUUUUAGCUUCAUGUUUGAUAAAAUUUACUCCAGAGUAAUAUUGCUUUAACCUUGGUAUUUGUUUGAAAGGUACAUACUAUAUCUGUCUGUAUGGUUGUAAAAAAACAAGUUGGUUUUACUAAAAGUAUAGAAAAAAUAAGAAAUUUUUUUUUUCAGCAUUGAAGUCCAAAACUGCCUCUCAUUGGCAUCACUACCCCUUCUCAUUAUCUCUAUUUAUUGCAGAGUUAAAUUGGGAAAUAACUCACAAUAUUUUUUGGAAGGACAGUCAAUUUAGAAGGCUAAAAUCAAUAUGCAAGAAAGAAGUAUUGUUCCAGUUUUCUGAAACAAGCUACUCUUCUUACUAUCUCGCUGUACAUAUUGUUAGAAUUAAAAGAAACAAAUUUUCACAGACAGUGUAAUCAUAACAUUAUAUAUUAAUUAAUAUUAUGUACUUUGUUAGGUAUUAGUGCAUGAGCCUUUCUGAAAAAACUCCAUGAUAUUUAUAGCCAAACUCAUUUGUCUGUUAUCCAGUUAGCUCCAAGAAAUGUAGUGUCUUGAGGCUGGUUUUCAUUUCUAAUGCAAGUUUAAGUAUGCAAUGCAGUGCACCAAAACUGCCACUUGGGUGCUGCUUUUGAUAGAGAAGAAAAAUACCCAUAAAAGGUAAAUUAUUAAGCACAAACUUCUCUUAAUUCUUGUUUUGUUUUAUUUUUAAAUGUUAUCUGUGCAGUUGAGAUGAAACAGGCUACAUUAACAGAAUAAUCUUUUCAUUGAUGGUAUUUUCAGAAAUGUAUAUUGCAUGUUUCUUCAAACCAUUUUCAUGCAUUCUAAACAUAACUAUUUUUGCAUAAAGUUACUCUAACUUAUGUAUGUACUUACAUGUCGCUAACUCCUUAACUCCCAGGAGUGACCAAGACAUAAUUUCUCCUUACAUUAUCAAUACAAUAUCAAGCAGACAAGUGAUGAGAAUAAAGAAAAAUAUCAAUUAGGGCAUUAUUAGUUGAUCCAAUACCAAAUUCUCUGAACCAACAACAUGAGAAUUGUACAGCAGACUGUAAGGAGAAUUACUAAUGUGAUCUUAGGAGUGCAAAAGAUUUAAUGAGACUUAGAGACCUUUUUAUUAUGUGAUCAGUCCCAAUUCUCCCUCCUUUUUAGCUCUGUGCUGCUUUCAAACAGCAUUUACCAGGUUUUAAUUCCAUGCACACCUCUUUUGUCACGAUCACAGAUUAUUUCAUGUCUUGCACAUUUCCGUAGACGUGUUUUUCAGUUAUAUUUUCUACAAUGAAAUAAGUAGUAUGAUCUUGUAGAAAAGAUGCUGAGCAGCAGUGGCAACCAAUUGAAAAAAAAGAUAGAUAAGUGUAGUCACAGCAACCAUUGUCAAAGAGACUAUUUAAGUAAAUUAACCCACUGUUAAAAGUAACACCUAAUAUAGAAUUAAACAAUAGUGAACUCCUG